UAAACAAAAAAGCUGUGGAAUUUAUGCAGGUGAAAGGAAAACUGGUCGGUGGAAAAUCGUUGAAAACCUCGGAAAAAGCCUUGAUAGUGUGCUGCCCUGUUUCGCGAUAUCGGUUGAUGCUUUAAGGGAGCGUACGGCGUAGGAGGCGGUUUCGUUCUGUUCCAGAUCUCUGACCAGCGGGAGCCAACACAUCCAGCAGCAUCCCUAUUCAAGAUGCAUCUCUCCAGCGAUGUGUCGAAUGCGCUGAAGCAGAUCGAAAUCAUCAAGCAGACGGUCGAGGAGAUGGAGCCCAACAAGCUUCAGCUCAACGUGAAUGAAGACCUGAAGCUGGUGCUCGAUCUGCUGCAGGAUCCCGUGUUCCGGAACAUCGUCCAAAUCCAGGACUCUCUGGGCGAACUGAAUCACCAGAUCACGCAGCACCCGUCGAUACUGCCGGGAGAUUUCGACAUUGCCAGCGGAGGAGAUCUGGUGCUGAACGUACCACCGCCCGGUACGCUGUUCGAGGCGGACUACCAGGACGAGCAGCGCGUUCCGUCGUCGACACAGCUAUCGCCCGGAAGUCCGGAAGCGAAGCUGAAUCUUCUCGAUCACAGCCAGCUGCUGGCUCAGAUGCCACAGGUACCGGUGGUGGCCAUUCAUCAACCACAGCCUCUCGAUGCCCAGCAGCUGCUCAAUGCUUCGAUGAAACUCAACAACGAACCGUCGUUGUUCGAGGUGCCUUCGAUCGUACAGGAUCUUCCGGAAAGUGAACGACCGAUGCACGGUGGACAUCAUCAGGCGUUUAGCGAUUCCCCGAAAUCGGUUCCGGAGACGGUGGUGGCCGGAACUGUCGUGGCUGCCGAUUGGUCCCGUAUUCUCGAUAUAGAACUUGUUAACGAUGGUACCGGACUUGGGUUUGGUAUUAUCGGAGCCCGUACAACGGGUGUUACCGUGAAGACGAUCCUUCCGGGUGGUGUUGCUGAUCGCGAUGGACGAUUAAAGAGCGGUGACCAGAUCCUGCAGAUCGGGGACGUGAACCUGCACGAGAUGGUAUCGGAACAGGUUGCCUCGGUCUUGCGGCAGUCCGGUACGCACGUACAGCUGGUCGUGGCACGACCCGUCGAUCCGACUAGUAUGACUGCACCGGUACUCGACAGUACGGAGUUUGAUCAUUCCGCGAUCGUUCCGACCGUGCUGUUGGGCGAUCCGCUCAAGCUAAAACAGUACCUGGCUGAUUCGGGUUUCGGGGCCAUCUACAGUGUCUACUCGAUCUUAAACAUCGAUAAGGAUGGUCUUCUGUCCUUCGACAAGGACAGUUCGAUCGAGUUCCCCGAGACGGAGGUGUUCACGGUGGAGCUGCGUAAGGAUCAGAACGGGCUGGGCAUUACGAUUGCGGGUUACGUGUGCGAGAAGGAGGAACUGUCGGGUAUCUUCGUGAAGAGCGUUUCACCUGGCAGCGCGGCCGAUCUGAGUGGCAAGAUACAGGUGAACGAUCGUAUCAUCGAGGUCGACGGUCAAUCGCUGCACGGUUUCUCGAACCAUCAAGCGGUAGAUGUGCUGAAGCAGAGCGGACACGUCGUUACGUUGUGCCUCGAACGGUAUCUUCGUGGACCGAAGUACGAUCAGCUGCAGCAGGCGAUCGCAGCGAACGAGAUGAAACCACCGACACCAGCGACGCCACCGCCACCGCUUGGACCGACCGAUCUCUCCAAGUAUGGCAGCAACAUACUGGACAUUCUGCCCCGUGGAAUCGAUAAACAGCCCACCCCUCAACAGCGUACUCUCGAGGCGCAUAAGGGUGUCAUGGAAGAGAUCAAUGCUGGUGGUGGUGUUGGUGCUGCUGUCGAGGUAGGCGGGGAAGCGGUAGUGAUGGGUCACAAGAAGUUGGCCCGCGCAAAGGAUUCCAUCGAUAGCCAAGAGUACCGGGAGAAGGUGAAGGAAGCAACAAUAAUUCCGCCUCUCGUCGAUGGACCCGAGGGUGGACACGAGGGAGGUCUGAUGGAAACGAGUAACGUGAUCGCGAUUGCAAAGCAUGGCAAACUGCGCAGCUCGCUCAAGACGGCGAAGGAGGACGACACGGAAACGUACAUUGCAAAGAAGUGGACCAAUAUUCUUGGCCCUGAGGUGCAGAUUAUUGUGGCCAACAUUCGCAAGUUUGCCGCCUCCAGUGGACUGGGAAUUUCCCUCGAGGGAACUGUGGAUGUCGAAGGAGGAAAGGAGGUGCGUCCACAUCACUACAUACGUUCGAUACUUCCAGAGGGUCCGGUUGGACAGAAUGGAUUGUUGCGCUCUGGUGAUGAGCUGCUAGAGGUAAAUGGUCAACGUUUACUGGGCAUGAAUCAUCUGAAGGUGGUAUCGAUUUUGAAGGAACUACCACAGGAUGUGUGCAUGGUGUGCGCUCGUGGAGAUCCCGAUCUGUUGCGGUUCACCGAGGAGCAGCUAAUCAGCUCGCUCGAGGCGGAUGCGGCCAAACGGACGCAACAUCAGCUGCACGGUAGUCUCACACCAUCGGAGCGCUUGG